CGCAUACAUACCAUUUGUUCAAUUAUUAUAUUAAAUCAUUUGAACAACUACUACUCAUUUACCACAACCCUCUAUUGUUAUUCCUUUCCUAAAAUGAGCAACAAAGAAUCAUCACCAGUUAUCAAUAAUUUGAUGGAAGAAGAAGUACUUAAACUUUUUUCUUGGAAUAAAUCUGAACUAUGUCAAUGGGAAGGUUUUUGGUCCAAUCAUUCCAUUAUAAAGGCAGCCAUGGACUUAAAGGCAACCUUCAAAUCAGAUCCUAAUGAUGUUCUCUUGGCAUCUUCCAUGAAAACAGGUUCAACAUGGCUCAAGGCCAUAUGUGUAUGCAUCAUGCAAGGUAAUAAAGUGGAAGAAGAAGACCUUUUGGUUAAGGAUAAUCCUCAUUUUCAUGUUCCAACAAUAGAAUCCAUGAAGUUUUAUACAAAAGCUUUAGCUCAUGAUCUAUACACAAUGCCCUCUCCAAGACUAUUUCACACUCAUUUACCUUAUAGGGUUUUGCCAGAUUCAAUAAAAAAUUCAGAUAAUUGCAAGAUUAUAUACAUAACAAGAAAUCCUAAGGAUACCUUGAUUUCCAUGUGGCAUUUUUUCAACUAUAAUCAUAAGCGUUUAGAAAAUCCCUCCCCUUUAGAAGAAGCCGUGGAGUCCUUUUGCAAUGGGGUUCAUCUUUAUGGACCAUUCUUUGAACAUGUUCUUGAAUACUGGGAAGAAAGUAAAAAAAGACCUCAAAAAAUAUUAUUUUUGAAGUAUGAAAACUUGAAAAUGGACCCUAAAAAGGAGUUGAAAAAAAUAGCCUUGUUUCUUGGAAAACCUUUUAGAAAUGAAGAGGAUUUGGAGAUAGUUUUGAACAAGUGUAGCAUGGAGAGGCUUAAGAGCUUGGAGGUUAAUAAGAGUGAAUCAGUCUUAUUUGGCAUCCAAAAUAGUUCAUUAUUCAGAAAAGGAAUUAUUGGGGAUUGGAAGAAUCACAUGACACCUGAAAUGGAAGAACAACUUGACAAGAUUACCAGCUUGAAACUUCAAGGGAGUGACCUUCAACUUUGAUUAUUCGAGUAAUUACUACUUUAAUACGUUUUUUCUAUUACUUCGAAUCACUCGGGUGAGUAAUAUGCUAAAAAAAAAAGGGCAGUCCGAUGCACUAAAGUUUCCGCUAUGCGCAAGGUCCGGGUGAGUAAUAUGCUAGUGUUGUUGAAAAUAUUGAAGUUCAAUGUUUAAGUUUAUAUGUCUUUUUAGCUAUCUAAGUUCAUUUAUCUUUUAGUUAUCUCGAGUCCAAAAAUAUGUUUUGACCCUUUAUAGUGUUGUUAUAUAUGUACGAGUGGAGUUUCAGUAUAUAUUAUGGAUCAAUUUAGUAUUUA